UGGGACUCUCUCUCUCUCUCUCUCUCUCUCUUUCUUUUUGCGCUGAAUGGGGAAAAGCAAGGCGGGAGCUUCAGUCAACCAAUCAGAGGGCGGCGAGGGGCAGCGCGGUUGCGCUGGGCUGUGUAACUAUCGGCUGAGCUAGUGCUGGGUUGGGUCCCGUAGGGGCGAGAAGGGUAAGUUACGCCCGGCCGGAAUGCAGUAUGACCGAAGCAGCCAGAAUUCCCCGUAGGACUACGGGUUCCACCUUCUUGCAUCCGCUUAGCGACCAGUUUGGCAUCCCCCUCGACCAGGUCAAUUUUGUUGCUUGUCAGCUUUUUGCACUCUUGGCUGCAUUUUGGUUUCGCUUGUACUUGAGGCCUAGUCAGGCCAGCUCUGGUGUUCGUCAUGCAUUUGCAACAAUUUUGGGAAUAUAUUUUGCUGUCUUCUGCUUUGGUUGGUACUCCAUCCAUAUUUUUAUUUUAGUGAUGAUAAGCUAUGGCAUCAUGAACAUGGCCAGUAUUCCCAACGUUCAUAGGUAUUCUUUUUUGGUAGCUAUGGGAUACCUCACGCUGUGCCAUAUUAGCCGAAUAUUCAUAUUCCAGUAUGGUAUUCUCACUACAGAUUUCUCAGGUCCAUUGAUGAUUGUAACCCAAAAGAUCACAACUCUUGCAUUCCAGAUUCAUGAUGGAAUAGGUAAAAAAGCUGAAGAUCUAACUUCUGAACAGAAUCAGCAUGCUAUAAAGAGAAGACCUUCCUUAUUGGAGUAUCUGAGCUAUCAGCUCAACUUCAUGAGUAUUAUUGCUGGCCCAUGCAGCAAUUUUAAAGAUUACAUCGCUUUCAUUGAAGGGAGACAUGUGCAAAUGAAGUUAUUAGAGGUCAACUGGAAACAGAGGAGCUGUGAUAGACUUUCUGAUCCUUCUCCACUGGGAGCCAUCCUGCACAAACUUUGUAUCACACUUGUAUCUCUGCUUUUGUUCCUGACACUUACCAAGACCUUCCCAGCAACUUAUAUUGUUGAUAAUCAAUUUAUAAAACAAUCUUCAUUCUUGACAAGACUUGGUUUUCUGUAUGUUGUCAUGCAAGCCUCAAAGCCAAAAUACUACUUUGCUUGGACACUUGGCUUUGCUUUUCUUGCAGCUGAUGCAAUUAAUAAUGCAGCUGGUUUUGGAUUCAAUGGUGUGGAUGAGAAAGGCAAUUAUCGCUGGGAUCUACUGUCUAAUUUGAAUAUCAGGAAUGUUGAGAUGGCAACAAGUUUUAAAAUGUACUUAGAAAACUGGAAUAUUCAAACAACUGUCUGGCUUAAACGUGUAUGUUAUGAUCGGGCUUCUUGGUAUCCUACAGCCUUAACAUUUCUUCUCUCAGCUCUUUGGCAUGGUGUUUAUCCUGGAUAUUAUUUUACAUUUAUCACUGGCAUCCUUAUGACACUGGCAGCCAGAAGAGUUAGAAACAAUUGUCAACACAUCUUCAUCUCACCAAAGCUACUUAAGGUGGGCUAUGGCAUGGUCACCUGGCUGGCAACUCAGCUGUCGGUUUCCUAUACCGUGGCACCAUUUGUUCUUCUUGCAGUUGAGCCGACAAUUAAAUUAUACAAAUCACUGUAUUUCCAUAUGCAUAUUUUAUGUAUACUGGUAUUACUGGUGCUACCAAACAAAUCUCAAAAACUCACCAGAAGGAAGCAGCCCUUUGAAAUGGAGGUGCACAGUUGUAAUAAGAACAAGAAACAAGAGUGAUACUGGAAAAAAUCUUCCUCUACAGGAUACUGGAAUAAAGGGUACAGAGAAGGCACAUUGUGGUGGCUUAAUUUAAAAUACUUUUCAGAUGACAUAACAACUGGAUUGUGUAUUCAAAUACAAGUCUUACGUGGUAAUGUUUACAUUCUUCAAGGGCAAGAUUUAUAAUUUUUAUAAAUUAAAGAGACUAUUUUAAUGAAGGGUUUCACUGCAUUUAAAUAUUUAUGCUUGUAUUUCAUUUGUUAAAAAUAUAUACUAUCUAUUGAGGUAGGCAUGUUGGUUCACUUAAUUUCAAAAUGUUUUCUUUUUUCCCAUCAUCCUUUCAAAUUGGUUAAAAAAAAAAAAAAAAAAAGCUGGUUGUGUCAUUCCGAAAGAGUAGACCGUAGAAUUUCAUAAACAGAUGCUCAUAAUAUAUCAAAAGGUCUUAGGGUUUAUGAUUUCUCAAUAUUCCUUGGCAAAAAGGAAUAUUCAGAUCUUCUUAAGUAAAAUGUUUGAGAAUUAUUCAUCUAGAACAAUGGAAAAGCACAUGCUGCUUGGUUGGAGAAUAAUGAUAAAGAACUGUGGAAUAUUGUGGGUCUGGUUUCCCUUGUAGAUAUAAAAUUAGAUGUAUUUAUUCUGUGUGACCUGCACCAUAUAUGGUUUUGUCUUUAUUCUAGGCCGAACAGUGAACGAUACCUACUAGGUAUCAUGGAACCAUCAUUCUAUUAUAUAGCAUUUGCUACAUUCAAGCAAAAUUUUCUUGGAAAUAACUCAGGGACACUUUAUAUUAAUGAUUUGACUUGAACUGUACAGGAUAUGCAUCUUUGAAAUUUUCUGAUUUUAAAAAUAAUGCUUUUUAACGAGUAGAAUUUAGGAAGCUAUUUUUGCAUUUUUCUAAAAAAGAUAAGUACUGUAAGGAAACACAAUAAAUUAAUAAGAAUUAAGCAAUUCUAGUUCUCUAACAACUUUCAGCUUGUCUACAUUGGCUGCUUGUUGUAGAAUUGCAUUUCUGAAAAAACUUUCAGAUCAAGAAUGGAAACUAUCAAAGCAGUGUAUUCAUAUCAGGGAAUAAAAACGAAUAUAUUCAAAUUCCUUUUAUAAAAUAAGCAGAAUUUUUUUUUUAAAUUAAUAAGCUGGACUGUUCAAAAUCAGUGUGAACAAUUAAUGUAAAUUUGGUUUAUAUAACUUCUAUGUAAUGCUCUUCCCAGAACAUACUGCUUUGGGAAUUAAUGUGAUCACUGUCCAUUACUAUGUUUUUAUGAAUUGUACCAUUAUGGCUGCAUGCAUUUUGGACAAUUUCUCUAUGUGGUAUUCCAAAUUCUUUAUUAUUCAGGUUUAAAAUGCAAGAAAUACCAAUAAAAAUGCAGUAAUAAAAUAAUUGAUAAAAGAGUAUGAUUGGGCAAUUAAAGAAUUACCAAAUCUAAUUUUAAUGUAUCAACAGGCUCAUAUUAUAGAAGAAACAUGAGAGAAGCACUUGUUAUUUAGUAUCCUAGAGUCUAUUUGUCAUGUUUCAGACCUGCAAGAUCAUUUUAGAACCAACAGUAUAAGUUUUGACAAUUUCUGGUUCUCUUUAAAUGUACAGUAUUCUGAUUUUUAGUUUUGCCAGAAGUAUCUGAGUUGUAUGAAAUUCUGAUUAAUGGUUUAAAAAUUGUGCUAUCUAUAUAUGAUUUUAAUACAUGAAACAGAAAUUAAGCUAAAUUUCUUCUGGAUCACAGAAAGACACUUUCAGCAGCCUGAGAAAACAGAAAUAUUAACAUUUAAAAGGUAUACAGUAUAUCUUGUUUUCCUAUUCCUUCAUUUGCUCUGUCCUGAAUAAGAAUGAAUGUUCUUUCAUAGCUUACUAAAAAUAUGUUUUCCUACAGACCCUUUUAAUUGCCCACUUGAGGACAAACAACCAGUUGACGCAAUCUAGAAUAUCUGUAACUAUGGAAGAAUGGUUUUAAAUGAAUAGUUGUGGAAUAAGUUUUGGACUACAGCAGUAGAUGAAGGGGAUGUUAACUCUUUCACUCCUGUGCUGUUUUCUCAAUUACAAAUUGCCACAUAAAGAUACACAGAGGUAUUUUCCAUGUGAAAGAUGGAAAUGUUUUAAAUGUUAAGAGCUUUUUUUUCUCCCAAUUAAUACAAAAACAUGAAAACA